AUGCGUGUGAUUUCGCUCUUCACUACUUUGUUUGUGGCUCUGGCUACUGCUGCCGAUAGCACAACUGUCAUUUCCUACUUCGCCGCAUCCUAUGAGAACUAUUCCCGUCUAGGUGCAUACACCAGCACUAUAGCCCGAGUCAUUGGUAUUGACAAUUACGCUACUACCUACGAGUUAGGAUGUAUAAAAAGUGCUACAGAGUGUGGAUUCCCGCAUUCUAUCACGAUGAUUCAAGGCCCCGAAACUUUCGCCCAUUGGGGUAUGAUAUCAGUAACUGCUAAUGAUGCCACUAAGUUUCAGACAUUCACCGAAACAUGCAAAUUCACCCAUUACACCGAGUCUAUUGUUUGUGGAUAUAGUAAUACAAUCACUGUAUUUGAUUCAGCUGUGACGAGUUCAUUCUCUUACUCUAGUUCUGGUGUCACUUUUCCGGCUAGUUUGGUCUCUUAUAGGACUGUCACUGUUACCGAUGGUCUUUACACUUUCACUGCUGCUGCUACUGCUUCAACUUCUGCUGUCAAAAUCACUGCUACUUCUUCAGCCUCUCCUGUUCAGAUUACUUCUACGGGUGCGGCUUCUCAGGUGAACCCUAUUAUCACUGCCGCGCCAUUUGGUGCAGCAGCAGCAGCUAUUGCUGUGGCUAUCUUUUAA